AUUUUUGAGUUUUGAUAGGUGAGUCAUUCAUUUUCCGUUUUCCGAUUCCUGUGGUGUGUAUCAACCUUCUGGAAUCUUCCACGUUUUACAAUACAUGCUUUCGUUCCCUACAAUGUGUAACGCUGCUAUUGUGGGAUAAUCACUCGGCCUCCAUUUUCUUUCUUUCUUUUUUGUUCUUUAUGAAGCUGCCUACACAUUGAUUUUAUUCGCGCAUCAAAUAGCGUUCGCAUCUUCAUUUGUUUCUCGUGAGCAUGUAAUUGGUGACUAUCUCAUCCCAUGUUUGAAGGUCAAAACAAAUUCUCAGGGGGAUGGCCACUUCUUCGGUUGUGGAUGAAUUUGAUGAAUCCAUGAAGAAACAGAUAUCAUCCCUUUUGCGGGUUAUGAGUUUAGUUAAAUCCUUCAAAGAGGAUAACACGCCUUGCAAAAUUGACGAGGGUUUGUUUUUAGGUUCCAUUGGCACUGCAGCUAACAAGAAUGCAUUGAAAAGCUUGAAUGUUACUCACAUUCUGACUGUUGCUGGUAAACUGCCACCUACAAAUCCUGGGGAUUUUGUCUACAAAGUUAUCAACGUUGCUGACAGAGAUGACGUUGACUUGAAACAAUACUUCAAUCAGUGCUUUGAUUUUAUCGAGGAUGCCAAAAUGCAUGGUGGAGGUGUUUUGGUUCACUGUUUUGCAGGAAAAUCAAGGAGUGUGACUGUGGUUGUUGCGUAUCUGAUGAAGACUCGUGGAAUGAGCUUAUCAGAAGCUCUGCAGCAUGUAAAGAGUAGACGACCACUGGCAUCUCCAAAUCCUGGAUUCAUCCGUCAGCUGGAAGACUUUGAAAAAUCGCUUCAAGUUACAAAUUGAAAGUGGAUAGAAUGAACAUCGCAUUGGUUGGAUCCCAUUUGUUUCUGGAAGACAUUGAAGUGUCCUGAACUUGAUGAUGUGAUAUCUCAAGAUACAGUAGAGAAGAUAUUUACUGUAAAUAGCAAUCACGUUCACGUGAACACAAGGCCGGGUCUAGAGAAGAGAAGUGAUUCACUCUAGAUUACUGGAACUACAACUUCAUAUUCAUAUUUCUAUUCAGGUAUGCAAGUCCCAUUUGAGAAGAUGGAUUCUGGUUACGUUCAUCAGCCUAUUCAUUUUCCAUGAAAUCUUAGAA